CAUCACGUGCAAUUAACCAACUCCCCCCAACCAAAUCCCCGCCGGAAUUACAAGAAAGCCCCUCGCUUUCCGUUCCCCCCUUCCCCCUGCCCUCCGCCGUUCAUGGUGCUGGUGGCCGCCGUCGAGCCCUGCCGUCCCCGCCGCGGCCUCUGAUGGCGCAGUACAGGCAGCAGUACGGCGGCGGCUUCUCCGACUCCCGCGGCGGCCACCACCACCAGGGGCUCCCCGACUGGCACCGGCCCCACCACGCCUCCUCCAAGCCCGCCUCCCGGAUCCGCCGCCCCGGGAAGCCCGCGCAGCGCCGCCGCUCGCCGGCCGCGGCCGCCGCCGUCGCAGCCGCGCUCCUCCUCCUCGCCGCCGUGUUCCUCCUCUCCCGCCGCAUCUCGCGCGGCCCCGCAGAGAUCAGCCAAGGUGCGGGUGCCGGGGAGAGCUUGCCGGAGUGGAACCAGAGCAAUAGCUGGAAGGAGCUCAAGUUCGGGCACGGUGGGGGAGGUCGGAGCGCGCGGGACUCCAGGUACUGGGACCGAGACGAUCGCCGCCGUGACGAGGACUACACAGAGGACGAGAAGGAGAAGAUCUCGGGUGGAAGUGGAACUGCCGCCGAUGCUAGCGGCAGCGGAGAUAAAGGUGUGACAGCUGAGGCAGGUGUCGAGGAUAAAGGAUUGACCUUGGAGACUGGCGGUGGCGCGAAAGAUGUUCCGGAUGUGUCUGAAGGUGGGAAAGGAGGGACCUUGUACAAUGAGGGGGGCAGGAAGGAGCUGGAGCAGUAUGAGGCGGCAGCCAUGGGUGCGACUGGAACGGGGGUGAAGGAGGUUGAUCCAGAUGAUGAGUAUGAUGAUGGCAUCGACUCUCAGGAUGAUUUCGAGGAUGCUCACCUGCAUCCAUCUGAUGGUGGGAGGAAGCUUGGUGAUGGCGGUCAUGAAAGUGCUGAGAAAAAGGAGGAUGUCGCCAUUGAGAGGCACACAGAAACAGGUGCUGGGGUUGUUGAUAGCCAUGAUGUUAGUAGCAUGGACAAAAAGAAGGCUUCAGGAAGUAGCGAUAAGAAACAUGGGUCCAAGAAGAAAUCGAAACAUAAGAAGUCUGGUUCAACAUGUGAAAUGAAGUUUCUGAACUCUACUGCUCAACUUGUGGAGCCUGCGAGAAAUGAGAAAUUCGCUAGUUUUAAUUUGGAGUAUGUAGAAGUUGAAGAAAGAUCAGGAUCGGAAUAUUGGGAACCAAGAUUUGCUGGCCACCAAAGCCUGCAAGAAAGAGAGGAGUCAUACAUAGCCCAUGACCAACAGUUGAAAUGUGCUUUCAUUAAGGGUCCGAAUGGUACAAGCACUGGUUUUGAUAUAUCAGAUGAUGACCGAAAGUACAUGAGCAAAUGCCACAUUGCUGUCUCUUCCUGCAUCUUUGGAAAUUCUGAUCGACUGAGGACUCCAUUUGGCAAAACGAUCACAAGUCUAUCAAAGAAGACAGUUUGCUUUGCUAUGUUUUUGGAUGAAGUAACAUUGCAAACUUUAGAAUCUGAAGGCCAAAAAAUGGACAGCAUGGGUUUCAUCGGUAUAUGGAAGAUCAUAUUGAUUAAGAAUAUGCCUUAUAAUGAUAUGCGGAGAGUGGGAAAAAUACCAAAAUUUUUGGCACAUAGGCUUUUCCCAACGUCGAGGUUUUCAAUCUGGCUGGAUAGCAAAUUGCGACUACAAACUGAUCCAAUCCUUAUCCUCGAGUAUUUUCUUUGGCGGCAUGGUUAUGAAUAUGCUAUUUCCAAUCACUAUGAUCGGCACUGUGUUUGGGAAGAAGUAGCACAAAACAAAAAGCUGAACAAGUUCAAUCAUACAAUAAUUGAUCAGCAGUUUGAGUUUUACCAAGCGGAUGGACUGACAAGGUUCAACCCAUCGGAUCCCAGCAAGCUGCUACCAAGCUAUGUCCCUGAAGGCUCUUUUAUUGUGAGGGAACACACACCAAUGUCCAACUUAUUCUCUUGCCUGUGGUACAAUGAGGUUGACCGUUUCACACCUCGGGAUCAGCUCAGCUUUGCAUAUACAUACUUGAAACUUCGAAGGAUGAAUCCCAACAAGCCAUUUCGCCUCAAUAUGUUUAAGGAUUGUGAGAGGCGAUCAAUAGCAAAGCUAUUCCAUCAUCGGUCAGAAGAGAGACACAGUGGUCCACAACUAACAAGAUGACACAUCCUUCUUCAUGGGGGGCGGAAGAAAGGGAGAUCAGGGAUUGUACUUUUGAUACAGCUCAGCUAUUCACAAGGCUGUCCAUCUUGAGAUUUAUGCCCCUGUCGAGGAGCUUAUACUUCAUAUAAUGCAAGUGAUCCUACCCUUGUUACUCCCCAAUCCUGCAGGCCAGUUCCCGCCUUUCAUUUUUUGCAGUUGACAGAGGCGGACUAGGAGUUUCUAGUUGUUUGGUUUUCUUUGUUCUCCGUAAAGUUCGAGGUUUAUUCUUUCGGAAAAUAUGGUUCAUUGGAUAAUCUGGGGAAGUUAUGGUUGCGCAUGGACUUCCCAGAUUGGUCAUGCACAAUGUAUACUGUAGGACUGUUUAGUGAGACCAUGAUUCUUCUAUAAUUCUCUGUGGUCUUACUGAAAUGUACAAUACGACAGGAAACUGCACUAUGUACUUUCAUCCAGGAUAGCAAGUCACGAUUUUUGUCCUGAUUUCAUGAAA